AUGAUCGAGCUUGGGCGAGAUGAUUACGAUGUUUUUGCCAACCGGGUCCUAUGGUCUUUAUUCGCAAUCUCAGCAGUUGUUGUCGGACUAAGGGUCUUCUGUCGCUUGCGUUACGGUACACAGCUGCGGGCGGGAUUGGGCUUAGACGACCACAUAACCGUAUUAUGUCUCUUGAUUAGCCUUGUCGUAUGCAUUCUUGUCACGAUAGCAACAGAUUAUGGUCUUGGAAGACAUGCGGCCGAUUUAACCGACGACAACAAAAAGAACGCCCUUAAAUAUAAUGCUAUUAUCAAUGCCGUCUUAAUAUGGCAGUUUUCCUUACCGAAGUUCGCCAUUAUCGCCAUCUUGAAACGAAUUCUCAAUUACGGCACUAAGACGGCAAUUUUAUUUUGGGGACUGGGCAUCACUUCUCAAGCAUGCGUAUUAGCGGUGUCGGUGCUAUGGUUCAAGCAAUGCCAUCCUGUGGAAUAUGGAUGGGAUAAAAGCAUCCCCGGAGGAACUUGCCAGGAUAUCAAAGUUAUAUCAAACCUGGCGUAUUUUACAUCAGCCUAUUCCGCUUUCCUCGAUAUCUUCUUCGCAUUCUAUCCGAUCCCUUUCAUCAUGCGCCUGAACAUGCCACUUCGAGCUCGCGUCGCCGUGGCCUCGGCUUUAAGCCUCAGCGCGCUCGCAUUUGUCGUUUCCGUUAUCAAACUAUCUAUUCUUGGAGACGCCUUUGCUUUGUUAGCGACAGAUCCCACUUUCGCCGUACCUUAUCUUGACAUAUUGGGAAUGGCAGAAGGUUAUAUUUUAAUAAUUUGCUCCUCCCUGCCAACUCUUGGACCCCUCUUCAGGAAGAUGAAAGGGAAGAUAACCAGCCGCGGCACCAGCGGAAUCAAAUCUGGUGCGAAUGUCGGCUCCAGUCUACAUAGCUUAAACAAAAGUUUUGGUCGUUCGAAAGACCAAAGGUCCACGGACGAGAUGGAACGGUCGAUUGGGGGGAACUCAUCCAGUGUCGAUGAAAUACCACUGGUAACUUCGCCUCUGCCGCCACCAUCCGGCUCGAUAACAAAAACUGUAAAUAUUAUGAUGACUACAGAAGAGAUUAACCCUAAGUUUAACUCUCGCCCACGUGGCGAUAAAUUAUAA